AUGCAGCUGCAAGAACGAGAGAAGGAAUUGGAAGACAAUCGGCGGGAGGUAUUGCAAGAGUUGAUCGACACUGAGGGCGACUACGUGUCUAUGUUUGGAUUGUUUCGAGAGAGCUAUCUAAAAGUGUUAGCACGCGAGGAGGAACAUGUCGUCUUUCGAAGCAUGGAGUGUGUCGUCAAAGAGUUAGUACGCUGGCACCGCCGCAUGGAGAGCGAUCUAAAACAUAUAGUACGAAACUAUGGCGACAGUAGCGUUGAAGCAGCCCUUAGAGUAAGCAGGCAAGUUGUGGCAUAUAUGGCUAAAUUAGAGGCACAUUACCGCAGUUACAUAUUCCAUUUUCAGGCAUCAAGCAAGUUGUUUGCAGAGGAGACUUAUUAUGGAAAGGUUAUGCGUGGAUUAGUGGGCAGGUUAGAUCAUGGUGUGCGCACUUAUCAGCGGACGCAGUUUAGUGGUGAUGAUAAAAGACAUCUUUGGCAAAAGGACACCUCCUAUGAUUGUUUAAGUCAUUUGCCAGUAAGCAGACUAACCAAUUAUAAAUUGUUUCUCGAGGUUAUUGGUAGGACCGUGACACUUCCAGCAGAUAAACAGCGUAUCUUGGGAUAUACGAGGAAAACGUCAGAGAUUAUUCAUCAUAUAAAUAGUGAUAACAGUACCAUGGAUCCAAUUAACACAAUAAUCCAACAACGGCUUCGUUUUCCCACAGUGGAAUACGUUCCAGUAUGUGCGUUCGGUCAAUGUAUUUUGGCAGGCUGUCUUAAUACUAUGUGGGUCAGGCGAAGAGCGUCCUGUGGUUUUGCCAUUGUGGCAGAACCAUUGGGUGCCUUUUUGUUUAAGUCAUAUCUCAUUCUUGCGGACGUUUGUAAGGAUUGGUGGACCGUAAAGCAUUGCGUGCCUAUGGUGAGAUGCAACAUCUACGAAUUAAACACAAUUGUGGACGUUACUGAUCCUCCAGAUUCACUGUCAAAGGAUAUAUUGGCAGCUGAUGUUUUUGACAGUAGUUAUAACCUGGAUGCGGCUUCCGUUAAUAAUGGUGAUGAACUUGGCGUCUGCGACGUCAGCGUUUCCAGUGGUAUGGAUCACCAUGGAAAUAGUGAAAUGUCAGGUCGCACUGAAAAUGGCAACUCUUUUGGUUUAAGAAUGGAAUUUUACUUCUAUGGUCAAUGCUUUGAGAUCUUAUUUGCUUUUAGAAGCCGCCAAGAGUAUGAAGUAUGGAAACAGCACUUAAUUACAGUCAAAGAUUUGAAUAGUGCAUCUGGCGUCGAAUUUGAACAAAUGAGUGACGUAGGUGAGUCUACUAUGGUGCCUCGAGAAAUGGUUCCCAGAACGACAGUGGCCAGUAGGUGUCCUAAAGUUAGUGAGUUGCCUAAACUAACGCAAGCACAGCGUGACAUGUUGAAGCAUUCAGCCUACGACUAUUAUGGCUCAUGUCCAUCUCAUAUGAAUGUGAAUUACGGUGGGACCCAGAGAUAUCAGCAAAAACGUCAAGGUUUAUCUAGAAACAAAUCAGAACCAACAAACUUUUAUGCUACCUUUGAUAUGACAAGGCGGUUGCAUACAGAAACAUUCAUGUACGACGUUUGGUCGGAUAAUUUAAUCAGAACACAUCCACUGGACUAUGUAAUGACAUCAUACAGUGAUAACACCACGAGUUUUGGAACAGCAAGGCCUUCACCGUCAAUGAGAUCGUCAUGGGGUGUGUUCUCGAAUCGGUCAGAAAACUCGAAAUCAACAUUUAUGGCCGAACCAAAUAAUCAAGACUUGACUACACAACAAACCAAAAACAAAUAUCACGAUAAUAAUAGGCCAACUACUAUCGCCCGGCUGGGUACAAUAAACAAACUCAGAAGCUAUCUUACUGUAAAAACCUAUAACAAACAGUUUAGCGAAAAUCAAGUAGCAUGA